UCUGUAGAACGUGCACCACCUCGACGAAGCUUCAUCCCUGACACUUCUCAAGCGCGUCCAGAUCUUUCCAUGCCUAAUCUUGCGCUACCUGGUCAGGAAGCGAUCGCUCCGUCGCCUUUGGCAUGCGGAUUUGAUUCAGCUACCCAACCUCAUGAGAAUGGUCACAAAGCGCGAGAUGAUCACAGUCGACAAGAAGAAGAGAGACGAAGAGAAAAGGAGCGGCGCCGACGAGAAGAGCGAGAACGACAUGGUCACGCUGAGCGGCCAGAAGAUAGAGAAAGACGUAAGGAAGAGGAGAGGAGGCGGAAAAGAGAACACGACCGAAUGUCUUCGGGUAAUGGGCCCCAUCCACCACUUGAGAAGAGACCCAGGCAUGAUCCGGCAUCAUCUUUACCUUCUUCUGUGAGUUCCGCAAAUGUCGGAAAUGGGUCAAAGCCACCGAGACCAGUGACACAAGUGCAAGUUAUGCAUCAUGCGUCGUCGCAUCCUCACACUCUGAAUACUGCGAACAAUUCCCAUUCCAGAAAGGAAAACGAUGUUGUUAAGCCUCCUAGAGCAUUGUCGCCGCCGCCUCUACCGCCGUCUGUUCUACCGCCUCCUCCUCCACCUCCUGCAGCCAUUCCAGAGUUGGAAGAUGGUGAAGUUGAGUGA